AUGACUGAUCGCCAAGGUGAUGUUAGCAGACCGUAUGCUGCCGAAGAUUAUGCAUAUCAAGCUUAUAUCUCCUCAACAAGUGAACCGACAACUACUUCCGAUGGAAAUGGAUACCCUGGCCCUUCUUACGGGUAUUACGCAACUCUGUCAAAGUAUGCCCCUGAAGAGCCCGCCUUGUUUAGUGGUGAUUCAUUCUCUGGCUAUGCACCAGCUCCGCCAACAGUUCAUGUACCUUAUUCAGUGCCCACGGAGACGACUUAUACCGUAGGAAAUCAACAAUCACAUGGCGAUGUGGAUAUGCGUGAAAAUAACGCCGUGCUGUGUGCGACCAAAACCGAUUCUUCAUCUUCUCAAUUGGAUUGCUCCCGGCUCUCCAGCAGGUCGCAGAGCAGCAUGGAUGAAGAUUCAAACGAUGGAAUGAAGAACUCUACUGCCAAAAAGAUAAAGUCUCUCCCUUUACCGAAGGUUGGUCUACCUCCGCGGCAACCCAAAUCAAAAUCCGAACAGUUUAAGGAAUAUGUUGGAGAAGUAGCGAGACUUAACGAGGAAAUCGAACGGUUGCAAAAAUUACAGGAGCAGCUUCGUCAAGAGGCUAAGAAGAUUGCAAGAACAGCCGCUGAUGAUGACCUCCCUCACGAGGAAUUGUUGGACAAAAGCACUUCUUUGCUCGAUGGUACAGAAAGCAAAAGCACCCACAAGAAAUCAUCUGCACGAGAAGUGCCUGCAGUUGCCGAAUAUAUUCCUACCCCAUUGGCGGAGUUGGAAAGAAUGAAGCGGGAGGAAAAAAAGAAAAAGAAGAGAAAGGAAAAAGAAUACGAGCCGUCAUUUGAAGAAGUAAAAGAGAAAGUGAAAGCUGGGCCGAGCAAGCGACGACUACUGAGCGAAGACGAGAUCUCCACGCUAUUCGAGAAAACAAGCCACUUCAGUGGUAUCACAUUAAAGCGCACUUACUCGUAACUCGGUGCUGGGGUGACCGGUCUUUUAGUUCUAUACCUGUUGCGAUAGACACAUGCCUCCUGUUUCAGGGGUAGGAUCAUAACGCUUGGAGUUUCUAAACGUUUUUUACUCAUCAAGUUUUUCUAG